GUCAGCAGUGCUUGUCAGUUUAGCAUUUAUAUGCGCAUAGUACCGGUUUUUCAUUUUGUAGUUUUUAAUAAGGUGUUUAUUUUUAUAAUAACAUAUUUGACUCGAAUGUGGCAUAUUUUAAGCGAUUUUUUUCCGUUGAACGCUUUUAUUAUUACCCAUUUGACUUUAAUUACUUGAGAAAAGCCCAACAAGGAGCACCAUGAGUUCAGGCAACAUUUGUUACAAAUGUAACCAACCUGGGCACUUUGCCAGAGAAUGCUCGCAGCCGGGCAGCCGCGACUCCGGUCGAGGUUCUUUCAGCCGGAGCCGCGACAAGUGCCACAAGUGCAACAAGAUCGGCCACUACGCUCGCGAUUGCAAGGAGGAAUCGGCGCGUUGCUACCGCUGCUACGGCGAGGGCCACUUCGCGAAGGAUUGCUUGCAGAGCCCCGACACGCCGUCCUGCUACAAUUGCAGGAAGCCGGGUCAUAUCGCUCGCAGCUGUCCGGAGGCAGGCGGUGACAGGGAGACCUGCCACAACUGCCAGCGUCCCGGCCAUAUUUCGAGGAAUUGUCCGGAGGGCACGAAGACUUGCUAUUUGUGUCACAAGCCGGGCCAUCUGAAGAGAGAUUGCCGAGAGAACGACUACAGAAAGUAGUGCCACAUUUAUUAAUUUGUUGUAUCUAUUUUAUAUAUAUAUUUAAAACAUUUGAAAAUGUUUGUUUUCCUUUCAAAUCCUUGUUGAAACUAAUGUUUCUUUUAUACUUUUUUAUAUUAAAUAGUAGAUAACGCUCAAUUCUCAUCUGUCCAAUUUCCAUAUAAGUGAUAUUAAAAGGUACUUAUUUAUUUAGUUAUAAAUUUUAAAUACCACACUUUAUAGGUGAAUCGUUUAGCGGAAAUUAGACUCAUAAGAAUGUUUGAGGAGGAAUAAAUUGAGUCCUUUGAAUUUUUCUUUAAAUUGUAGUUGAAAAGAAACAUGUCAGAUUCGAGUUUAUUUAUAUUUCACAAUGCAUAAAGAAUGUAAUACUUAAAAAUGGGAAGAUAUAAUUUUUAUUAAUAAAAGAGGUUGGUGAAUAA